AUGAAGAUCUGGUCGGCAACCAUUGUGGCCCUUGCCUCAACGGCAAUUGCCCACUCGCCUUUGCGCGGUUCGCACGGUUCGCGCGAUUCGAGCUAUUCGAGCUAUUCGAGCUCUCAGUGCCGCUGCUUGCCCGGGGAUGCCUGCUGGCCGGCCCCGUCGGCCUGGGCGUCGCUCAACAGCACCGUCGGUGGCCGUCUCAUUGCGACCGUGCCAAUUGGCAGCCCUUGCCACGAUCCCAACUAUGAUGCCGUUGCCUGCGCCGCUCUGCAGGCGGGCUGGACGGAACCGCAGACCCACCUCGCCUCCUCCUCGUCCGUGAUGCAGGUGUACUUUGCCAACCAAACUUGCGAUCCCUUUACCGCAGAGAGCCAGCCGUGUCAGCUCGGCAACUUCCCUGACUACUCGGUCAACGUCUCCUCCAGUGCCGAUAUUGUGGCCGCAGUUCAGUUUGCUCAGGCCAAGAACAUCCGCUUCGUGAUCAAGAACACUGGCCAUGACUACCUGGGCCGCUCGACUGGUGCUGGUGCGCUCUCCGUCUGGACCCACAACCUCAAUGACAUCGAAUACCUCGAUUGGUCGGACUCGACCUACCAGGGCCCCGCAUUCAAGGUCGCUGCCGGUGUGAUGGGCUACCAGAUCCUCGAGGCCGCUACGGCGAAGGGUCUGGUCGUCGUCACGGGUGAAUGCCCCACGGUUGGCCUCGCGGGUGGUUACACCCAGGGUGGUGGCCACUCCGCUCUCAGCACCGCCUUCGGUCUCGGUGCCGAUCAGACUUUGGAGUUCGAGGUGGUCACUGCUGCGGGUGAGGUAGUGACCGCGUCGCGUUCCCAGAACUCCGAUCUCUACUGGGCCCUCAGCGGUGGCGGUGCUGGUAACUACGGCGUUGUCGUGUCGAUGACCGUCAAGGCUUACCCGGAUGCCAUCAUCUCUGGUGCUGCCCUCGAGUUCACGGCGGCCGGCAUCACCACCGACACCUUCUACGAGGCUGUCGCUCAGUUCCACAAGCUGCUGCCCGCGAUGACCGACCAGGGUACGACCGUCAUCUACCAGAUGACCAGCAGCGUCUUCAUCAUCUACCCUGUGACUGCCUACAACCAGACCCAGGCCCAAGUGCAGGCCAUUCUGACUCCCUUCACCGACGCCCUCACCGCGCUUGGCAUCACCUAUGCGAUGGGUCUCACCCAGUUUGACUCGUACUAUGAUCACUACAACCAUUACAUGGGUCCUCUGCCUUGGGGUAACCUGGCCGUGGCCACGUACCAAUAUGGCGGCCGUCUGAUUCCCCGCGAUACUCUGGACAACAACUAUGAGGGCAUGGCCUCCGCCCUGCGCAACAUCACCCAGUCCGGCGUGGUCGCCGUUGGUGUCGGCAUGAACGUCACCAACCCCGGCAACGUCUCGAACGCCGUCUUCCCGGCCCUGCGCAACGCCGCCGUGACCAUGCAGAUUGGCACCCCGUGGAACGAGACUGCCCCGUGGUCGGACAUGGUCGCUGAUCAGUGGAAGCUGACCGACGAGUACGUUCCCCAGCUGGAGGCUGUCACCCCUAACAGCGGCUGCUACCAGAACGAGGCCAACUUCCGCCAGCCCAACUGGCGAGAGACCUUCUUCGGGGGCAACUUUAGAGCCCUCCUCUCGGUGAAGAACAAGUGGGAUCCCCAGCACUUCUUCUAUGCCCUCAAGGCUGUGGGCAGUGAUGCUUGGAACGUGUCCGAUUCGGGCCGCAUGUGCCGUAUUUAA